CCGAGGGCGAGGGCUGUGUGGGCCGAGCGCGGGGGUGGACAUGCGCCCACCCUCGAGGGCCCCGGGGGGCGGGGGGGCCCGCGGCCGGGCGGCCGGCAAGGUGGGCAUGCGCGGCGGGGGCUGCCCGCGGGGCCUGCAGACCCAGGACUGGGUGUGUGAGCUCCCCCAGAGUGGGCAGUGGAGCUGUCAGUGGAGCAUGGACAUGGAGGAGCGCCGCCAGCUGGCCCUUGACUCCCCCUCCCCCGACAGGAGGAUCCUGCAGACGGUGGCUUGGCUGCUGUCCGACGGCGUGGACAAGGACGUGCUGCUCCCCCGGGCCCCCCGCCCCGUCCUGGGCCUUGGCUUGUCCCCGAGGAGGUGUGAGGGGCCCUCGGGCUCUCCCUGUGUCUAAGAGUCGUCUCAGUUUGUCUCA